GCACGUUGUAUCUCGUAUGUACAAACACCCAACAAGUUUUCGGUUUGUCUAAUAUCUACAGGUACAUGAUGCGACCCAUUCAUUAUAUAGAAAUGUUAAUCACUUUCACUUUAGUGAUAUUGGUUUGUAAAGUGAGAAGUGAAACGCGACCUUCUGUGACAACUCCAUUAGGAGAAAUAAACGGUUAUUAUAUGAAAACUCGAACAGGCAGAGGAAUAUCGGCAUUCACAUCCAUACCGUAUGCCGCUCCGCCCAUAAGGGAUCUAAGAUUUAAGGCCCCAGUACCUAUAGAACCAUGGGAGAGAGCAUUAGAUGCCAGCAAAUCUACGCCACUGUGUAUUCAAAGAAAUCCAUAUGUUCGCCAAAAAGAAAUUGUAGGACAAGAGGACUGUUUAUAUCUAAAUAUUUAUACUCCUGACACUAGCAAUGAUUUGGUUCAAACGAAUCUAUUACCAGUCAUGGUAUUUAUUCAUGGGGGAGGAUGGAUGUGUGGAGAUUCAACUCCUUCUAUGUAUGGACCAGAAUAUCUGCUGGACAGGGAUGUUAUUCUAGUCACCAUUAAUUAUAGAUUGGGUCCGCUGGGAUUUUUGUCAACUCUAGACGAACACUGUCCUGGUAAUAAUGGUCUCAAGGAUCAGCAGGAGGCAUUCCGAUUUAUACAAAACACUAUCACUGCCUUUGGAGGUGAUAAGAAUUCAGUUACAAUAUUUGGAGAGAGCGCCGGUGGAGCCAGUGUUCAUUUUCACAUGCUAUCGGAGACCAGUGCAGGUUUAUUUCAUAAAGCAAUUUCAGAAUCUGGUACGGCCUUGGUGCCAUGGGCAGAAGCCCCUCCCGGUGAGGCACUUCGUAAUGCAUUCCGUUUAGCAAAAAUGCUCAAUUGUCCACAAGCACCGUCAGAGCAAAUGAUUAAAUGCCUUCGAACAAAAGAUGGUUACGAUAUCAUCAACACUGAAUUUAACUUUUAUGUAUGGGACUACGACCCCAUGACUCCGUUUAAGGCAGUGGUUGAACCCGAUUUACCUGGAGCAUUUUUGACUAGAAAUCCGAGAAAGAUUCCUAAAACCCCCGCAGUUCCUUGGAUGACAGGUCUAACCAAAGAUGAAGGUUGUCUGAAAGCAGGCUGGAUAACAACAAACGAAACAAGGUUACAAGAAUUUCUAUCCGGUAUUGAUACCAUUGGACCAAUUACAUUUUAUUAUGAAAAUUCACCAAAAAUACAUCUUAUAAAUAAAUUGAUAAAAGAAAAAUAUUCAUUACAAAAAGACAAUGCCGGUAUAAACUCUGGAAUUAUACAAAUCUUUACUGAUUCCUUUUUCGCGUAUCCUGCAAUAGAAGCCAUAGAACUUACAUUCAACUACACUAAGUCUCCAGUGUUUCUGUAUCACUUGACAUAUAAGGCUGUCAAUAGUUUUUCACAAAUUUUUGGAUAUGGCAACCAAGAUACAGGUGUAUGUCAUGCAGAUGACCUUAUGUAUCUGUUUCCGAUACAUUUUCUUUCCAAAGAACCAUCAACAAAUGAUGUCGAGAUGAGUAAACUUAUUAUUACAAUGUGGACUAAUUUUGCUACAAGCGGAGAUCCAAAUAAACCUGUAAUAUUACCAUACAAAUGGAGGCCUGUCAGUUCCGGCUCUAAGAUGGAAUAUUUAGAAAUAUCGUCGAAACCAAAAAUGAAAGAAAAUUUUGCUUCACACUCAAGGUUUUGGGGUACAUUGCCACUGUGGCAUAACUCAAGAACCCAUCGAUUUACAGACGAGUUGUAAAAAAUAUUAUCAUACUUAGGUACAUAAUUUAAUUCAUUAUAAACAUUUUCAUUUAUCACUUCACGUAGACCGUGGUCAAUCCACGGUACUAAAGAUUUAAAGAUGAAUACUACUUCAGAAUCUCUGUAUAAUUAAUAAUGUAUGUAAUUUUUAAAAAAUAUGCGAAGCCAAAAGAUUAAUUUAGUAGAAUAUAACACGAACUAACUAAACAUAUUUCAUUUGUUUGUCACUCGUUGAAACCUCUAUGUGUUUCUUAUUGUUAUGCUACUUAUCAUAAUAAGAUAAAUAAUCAUGAAUGUAAAUCGUAGGUACUUGUACCGUCUUCCGUACGAGACUGCAAUUUGUGAAGCUACGUCCGUGCUAAUGUCUUAAUUUAGUUACACUAUUAUAAAU